AUGUUGCUGAUGGUUGAAAUGCCAAGCAAGGAAGUUGUGAAGCGAUGGGUGAAUAUUCGAGAUGCGUUUAUUAAAUCAACGAAAAGAGAAAAAUCACUAAAUAAAUCUGGUGCUGGUGCUUCAGUAAUAAAAAAAUAUGUCUACGCAGAACAGCUGAAAUUGUUAUCAAAAGUAUUUUGUCCACGGUCAACUGAAGAUAGUUUAUCUAUCAACUCGGGUAAUGAAGAUACUGAACCAACUGUUUCAGAAAAUGACAACAGAAACGAAAGUGGACAAUUUAAAAUACCACCUAGAAAACAACUCGGAUCUCGUAAAAGAAAGAUGGAUGAGGUUGACAUGAGAAUGUUAAAGGCGUUGGAAGAACCAGAAGAUCGUCAUUUUUCUUUUUUUAAAGGCAUUGUUCCAACUUUGCAUACAUUCACAGAAGAUGAAACGGUAAAUUUCCAGAUGGGUGUACUACAAUUAUUGACCAAUAUUAAGCAGAGACGAUUUCAAACACAAAACCCAUACAUGGAUUUCAAUACUAAUCUUAAUUAUAAUCGCUGUAUUCCUACUCAAAAAUAUAUGCAAAAUUAUGAUCUGCAUCUGCCCAUAAAUCAAACAUGA